AUGUUGGAUAGGGCUAAUUCUCAUGCAACUGUGUUUCCGAGCAUCCAUUUGGUCCAGUCAGAUGGCGUAACUACACCUAUUGUGAUUGCUACCAACGUAUCCACUGCAUUAGGCCAAAUCGAGGCUGAAUUACCAAGAACACUGGUCCCCUCCAAUGCCUACUACAUGACGUUGGGUACAGCGCCUCAUUCGUGCCAGUCAGGCAACUUGAGAAUCAUAGGAGCCUCAUCUUUUGUUCCUGAUCCAAAGACGCCUGAAGGCCUCAACAACCAGAUUUCUUCAGGCAGAUUUCCAAAGGGUGCCAAUGAAGCAGUAUCGAUAUCGCUGCCCUUCCUGCACAUUACAUUUGCAAUCAUUGCUAUCACACUCAGCUUCACUCUCGUCAUUUGA